CAAAGUCAAUGCCACUAAAUCCGCCUAUUUUCGUAAAAUUCUAAACCAAAAACGUCCCCCAGGGCGUUUGCUAGCAAACAAACAGCAAUGCCGAUGUGCCGUGCGUGUGGACAAAGCAUAUCAGACGAGGAGCAAUGUGAAACCCUGGAGAAGUAUGUGGAAACAUACUUCAAUCUUACCACAAUUCAGCUGCGAGAAUAUGAGGAUCCAAGCCUAUCGAAGGUUUGCGGACAGUGUGUCGAAAAGUUGGAAGAGUUCGACAGCUUCCGGAAAAUAUGUUUGCAAGUGCAUGACCGAAUGCACAAAAUCAAAGUAGAAGAACCGGAAGAGGAUUUUUAUGAAGAAACCAUCACAGUUGAGGUUGAUUUAAAGGCGGAGAUAGCGGAAGAGAACCAGCCUGUCCAAAAUGUAUUUGCCUCCGUCAGCGACUUCUCUGCUAUGAAGCAUGAUGAAGAUUCUGGUGAUGACGAUGACACUGACGGGAGUGAUGAUGAUGAGAAUUACGACAAUGAUGAUGAAAAUAACGACGAAAGCAGUGAUGGUGACGAUGAUGACGCCGAAGAUGACGAUGAUUAUGAUGACGACAAGAACACCGAUGGCGAGAAUGAAGACAAUAAAUCCAAAAAGGCAAAAAGGGUAAAGAAAUUGAAAAAAGGAGGCGACAAUAAUUUGCUUGCAGUUGCUAAGAAACCACGCGCCAAAUGGGGUAGCCUGAAGAAAAAAGAGCCCAAGGAACCCAGAACCGUUUUCCCCUGCGACAGAUGUCCCAGAAAAUUCUUUGUCUUAUUCCGAUUCAAUGCUCACAAACGGACUCACGAUGGACUCAAACCGUUCGAGUGUGAAACCUGUGGAAAGGCAUUCUCUACAUCGAAUAAUCUCAAACUACACAACAUACAGAAGCACAGCAAUAACCGAAUCUCUCUACCGUGUGAUCAUCCGGGUUGUGAGCAACGUUUCGCGACCCGGCUUGGAUUGCAACGACACAAAAGACGGAAUCAUGAUCCCAAUUACGUAAUGCCUCCGCCCAUACCGUUCAUUUGUGACGUUUGCGGGAAAAAAUUCACCACAAACGGAGGGCUGAAGAGACAUCGGUACACACACACGCCGGGAGAAAUGCCGUUCGUGUGCGGAAUAUGUUCGAAGCAAUUCCCCACGUCCAACAAGCUGAAGGAACAUACCAUGCGUCACGAGGGCGUGAAAAAUCACACCUGUCCGCAGUGCGGAUUGCGGAAGACAACCAUGCAUGAGUUGAAAACUCACAUCAGAAACAUGCACUCAGAGCCGCGCUCUUAUUCGUGCGAAAUUUGCGCACGGCAAUUUAGCAAUACGGGAAGUUUGGGUUUGCAUGUAAAAAUCGUACAUCUAGGUUUGAAACCGUACGUUUGUACAAUCUGCCAGUGGGCAUUCGGAAGAAGCGAUCACCUGAAGCGGCACAUGAAGAGCCACAUGCGUGCGGGUCUGGUUAAGCCACCAGAAAACACCGCCAGCGUAUAAGAUCGAAUUGUAAAUUAUUUUUAAUGUGGAGUAUUAAAA